AUGACGACAACAAGACAGAACUUGGAACAGCCACAAUCUCCAUUGAUGGAGCGCAUCAAGAGCUCGGGGAUGAUAAACAUUAUCAAUGGAAGCCCUAUGGUCGAUGAUAAAGAAGAAGAGCUUACACGUUCUGCUUUUGCUUUGUUUAAGGCAAAGGAAGAUGAGAUUGAGAGGAGGAAGAUGGAGGUUAAGGAUAGAGUUCAGACAAAGCUUGGACUAGCUGAAGAAGCUACAAGAAGAUUAGCCGAGAUUCGUGAAGAACUGGAAGCUCUUAGUGAUCCAAUGCGAAAGGAGAUAUCCGCAAUAAGGAAAAGAGUGGAUACUAUUAACCGAGAGCUCAAGCCUUUAGGACAUAGUUGUCAAAGAAAGGAAAGGGAAUUUAAAGAAGCCCUUGAAGCUUACAAUGAAAAGAACAAAGAGAAAGCUAUGUUUGUUAGCAAACUAGUUGAGCUGGUUACUGAAAGUGAGAAACUUCGGAUGAAAAAGCUUGAGGAACUCACCAAAAGCAUUGAGAUUUCGCUAUGCUAA